AUUUCCUUAUUCUAACAGGAACCACACCUCACAGGGGACCUCAAGUGAUCAGCAACUACAAGUCUGCCUUAGAGGGAAGAAGGAAAAGAAUCUUCUAACUCCAGCUUCCCCCCGGACCUGGACCCACACAAGAGACAAUCGCAAGGGCAGAAAACCAUUAAGCCAGACAUUUUUAGGAGUUUGAAUUGCUAAACUACUGUAUGUACCAUGGAGUGACAGAGAACGAGGAACUUUACAUUUCCUUCGCCAAAUUAUUGGGAAAGAAGAGGAUUAAGGACUUGCAACCAAGCUGGAAGGCUCUGAAAAUAUGAGUGACUUCUGGCACAAACUGGGCUGCUGUGUGGUAGAAAAGCCACAACCGAAAAAGAAGAGGAGGAGAAUUGAUCGGACAAUGAUUGGAGAGCCAAUGAACUUUGUACAUCUGACGCAUAUUGGGUCUGGAGACAUGGCAGCUAAUGACGGCCUUCCAAUGGCUGGUGGUGUCCAAGAACAGAUGAGAUCAAAGUGUGGACGUGACAGACAGUGGAGCAACUCCAGAGUUUUGUAGCUAUUUCAACUGUAAAAGUUGUGUGAAAAAGAGCCAUCGUGAACAGGAGGAGACGAGCACAGUGGUUUAAGUCACUGGAUAAAUUAUUCAAACUUCCAAACUGUACGCUUUUAUAGUUGUUUGUCUGGAAAUAUUUUUUGGAAUUGAAAGAAAAAGAAAAAAAAAUAUCCGGUGAAUGUGCAAUAUUUUUAUAGUAAGAAUUUUGAAUACAUUUUAGCAUUUUUCUUUUCAAAGUGAUCUCCCCUGUAUGUUUGCUAAUUAUUGAGCUGUGUGUUUAAAUAUCUGCUGUAACGAAUGCCAGAUACUAAAAAUAAGAGCACUUCCUAGGCAGGGAAUUCUGGGGAAAAAAACAAAUAUAUAUUCAAUAAUAUCGUUUUAUGUUGGUGUCAAAAAGCAAAGAUGUUCUGCAUUUCAGUUUGGAGUGCCAGAGUUCGAGCACCGAAGAGAAAAAGAUAAAAAAAAAAAAAAAAAACAAGCCAAGCUAAAUUUUAAAUGUAUUCUGUAAUUGUUGGCUAGUCAUUUGUAAAUCACUGGGCCCAAAUGCAUAACUUUUUCCAAACGGGGACAUUUAAAAAAAACAAAAAACAAAAAAAACACAUUACAGAAACCCCAACAUAUUUCAUUAAAACUACUAUAUU